AAGAUGCCUAUAUAAUAACACUCCUUCCUGCCCCACCCAUUUUCAUUCAGAAGUUCUCAUCAACCUUAUCAUUUCCCCAUUUAUACCUGAACUCCCAAGAUGAAGCUCUUCUCAGGUUUUGUCAUCGCCAUCCUCCUCCUAUUGCAGGCUCUUGCAGAGGCUUCAUCAAUUAACAAGGCCGCAAAUGCUCUUGCUACUGUUGAUGAAGGAAGCAAUGUGGUAGCUCUUGACAGUAAACAUCAUCCUCCUAAGCAAAUCAAUUGCAGUUCAGCAUGCUCGAAGAGAUGCAAGAAGGCAUCAAGAAAAAAGAGGUGCAGUCGGGCAUGCAAAAGUUGUUGCAUGAGAUGCCACUGUGUUCCACCUGGCACCUACGGCCACAAGAAUGCAUGCCCAUGUUAUGCACGCCUCAAAACUCAUGGGAACAAGCUCAAGUGCCCCUGACCAAAUUGCUACUAUAUAUACAUUUAUAUGGACAUUCAAAAUUUAUUUGAAUGAAGUUCUUCUAUUGCAUGUCAAAAGAAUAAAACCCAGAGCUAUAUAUGCUUUGAGUAUUAUUACUGUAUUAAUGUCGACGCCCAAUGACUCCAGCUCACUGAUGAUGAGUACAUUCUGUAUUGUUUCGUUUCAAUGACAGUACGUGUUUCCUUC